AUGCAGCGCACGUCCACCAGCACGGAGCGCACGCCGCUAGUGCAACCCACCUACGUGUUCGAGUCCAGUCUCUCCAGGAGCUAUCAAAAGAGACUUCGCACAUUCCAGUGCGUCGUGUGCGUUUUAUUAAUAGUUUUGCUGUCCGUGGCACUACUUGUGACAGUUGGAUACAACCUGGGCCUACAGGACAGCAGUAACAACGGCAGAUCCGACGUGGUCAAUUCUACCUUGCCUGAUAAUCUACUGCCUAUGCUAAAUAUGUCUUGGCCGCUGAAAAGCAGUCCACCCGUAGCCUGGUUGAAAGCACAACCCAGCGCCAACGACAUAACGUCCGCGGUAUCUGCGGGUAAGGAAGCGCUGCAGCAAAGAAAACUGAUGGAGACCACACUAACGCCCUUGGCACUGGACACGCCAGCCGCCAGGGCCCAGCGGGCUGCAGCCACCGGCGCUGCAGUCAAGCCUCUAGCAGACACGGCCUUUGCCGUCGAGCACGCAACCAGGGUUUUAGCUAAUGGUUCGAAUCCUUCCCUCCGCCCCGGAGGCGUAGGCGUCGGGCCCUCCACCAACGGUUCCUUUACUGAGCCAGCAUACUGCAGGCCGCCCACAACACCCUGCGUGAUCUCCAAGUAUCGUACACAGGACGGCACGUGCAACAAUCUAAACAACCCCUUGCGAUGGGGUGUCUCAAAUACGCCGUUCCGGAGGGUGUUGCCACCGGAUUAUGGAGAUGGCAUCAGCUCCCCACGCGUGGGCGUGAACGGCUCGGCGCUGCCCAGCGCGCGUGACGUCAGCGUAACCGUGCAUCGGCCCAGCUACGCGCACGACUCCGCCUUCACCGUCAUGCUGGCCGUCUGGGGGCAGUUCGUGGACCACGACAUCACCGCUACCGCGCUUAGCAAGGGUGAAAACAGCAGUUCUCUGUCUUGCUGCAACACCAACCAGACGCACCCCGAGUGCUUCCCCGUGAUGCUGGACGUGGAGGACCCCUACUACCAGGACUACAACCUCACUUGCAUGGAGUUCGUCAGAUCAGCCCCCGCGCCGACAUGCCAUUUUGGAGUUAGAGAGCAGCUGAACCAAGCGACAGCGUUCAUAGACGCGUCCACAGUGUACGGCUUCAUGGAGAGCAAGGCCUCGCACCUGCGCCUAGGGACUGAAGGAAAGCUGAAGAUGCUGAAGAUUGGACCAUACGAGCUGUUGCCGCAGUCCACGGACCCCAAUGACGGAUGCAACACCGUCGAGAUGAACGCUGUGGGUCGUUACUGCUUUGAGUCUGGCGAUGAGCGUGCGAACGAGAACCUGCAUCUCACCACGAUGCAUCUAAUCUGGGCACGUCAGCACAAUCGCGUGGCAGCUGAGCUCCAGAAACUGAACCCCGUGUGGGAUGACGAGACCGUCUUCCAGGAGACGAGGCGGAUCAUCGGAGCACAGAUGCAGCACAUCACGUACGCUGAGUUCCUACCUGCCAUACUUGGUAAUGACGUUAUGUGGGCGUUGAAUCUGACGGUGCAAACAGAAGGUUACACCAACAUGUACGACCCGGACCUCGACCCGUCUAUUGCCAACCACUUCUCCGCCGCCGCGUUCCGUUUCGCACACACACUACUUCCGGGGCUGAUCCGCAACGUGGAGGCGAGCAACGGCAGCUUUAACUACGUGCACCUGCAUGAGAUGCUGUUCAACCCGUACGCGCUGUACCGCGAGCGCGGGCCCGCCGGCGCCGUCGCCUCCGCGCUCGCCACGCCCGCGCACGCCGCCGACCCGCACGUCACCGCAGAGCUAAGCAACCACCUGUUCGAGCGUCCACUAGCAGUCAACACGUCGUGGCAGCCGCAGAGCUCGGGCCCGUGCGGGCUGGAUCUCAUCUCGCUGAACAUCCAGCGCGGCCGCGACCACGGUCUGCCCGCCUACCCGGUCUGGCGUGAGUACUGCGGCUUCUCCAGGCCGAAGAACUUCACCGACCUCGACGACAUCUUCGACGAGCUCUCGCGGGAGAGAAUCUACAAGAUUUACAAGAGCGUGGACGACAUCGACCUGUACACGGGCGCGCUGGCGGAGGCGCCGGGCGGGCGGCUGCUGGGCGCCACGCUCACGUGCCUGCUGGCCGACCAGUUCCUGCGCCUCAAGCGCGCCGACCGCUACUGGUACGAGACCGGGGACCCGGACCUCGCCUUCACACCAGAACAACUGGCUGAAAUCAGGAAAACCACACUGAGUAACGUGAUUUGUGCCAAUGAGAUCAUGUUGAGCCAAGUCCAGCCAAGAGUUAUGGAGAUUACGAGCGACGUCAACCCACUCGUGGACUGCAAAGAACUACGACAACCGAACUUCGAAGCUUGGAAGGUCCCUGGGCCGGCGGGCGUACCGCCACGAAUAAGCAAAGCAACUAAGAAACCAAAAGUAAAUUUUUAG